CGCGCCAGACCGCGUAGCCCCGGCAGACAGCCAGGCAAUCAACAGUACCGCGGACGUACGGCCCUGCGCGCUCGGACUUACACCCGCGCUACAGGCACAGUUUCCGUGGAUUGCUCCCGUCUGUUGUCCGUUCUUUGGUUUCUUAUGGAUCAAAGGACGGCCUGGAUGUAGACCGAGCUGUCCGGAGAACCCCAGUUCGUGAGUCAAGUUGAAGUUCUUCAGUUGAAGAUACGCCGGAUCGAAAUGGACGGUCGCCAGGAAUUCAGCCUGGACGGCCGCCACAGCCACCCGCACCUCCCGGCCCUGACACCACGGGUCCCCGGAGCGGGGUUCAGCGAAGCGCCUCCACCGCACGUCCCCGGCCCUCCCGGCGGGCUGGGUCCGCGCCAGGCCGCGAGCGCCGACUUGGCCAGAGUCGGCACUCCGGCGGGCGGGCACCCCGGGCAGGGCGGUCAUCCCGGCGGUCUGCACCCUCACUUCGGGCACGGCCACGGGAAGUACGGCUACCCGCAUUCUGUGCAGUCUCUUGGAUCAGCGGGGAGCAGCUACCCUUUCCUAGCGGGGUACCUGAGCGGCGGGGCGCCGCCACAGCACCAGCCGCCUGCUGAGGCCUACAAGCCGGGCGUCCCCAUGCAGUACCCCUGGCCUCACCCGUCCACCAUGGAAGCAGGGUUCUCGCGCUUGUCGGCAGGCGGCAUGUACCCGGGACAUUUCCACCCGUCCAUGGCCCCGCUGCCGCCGCACGACCAGAGCGGCCCGCUCUUCAGCCAGUACCUGCACAGCGGGCCCGCCAGCUCCCAGCCGCAGAGCAGCGUCCUCGCCAGGCUGUACGAGGCGGGAAAAGGAUUAAUGAAUGGGAGUCAUGGAUCGCCAGGGUUCGGAGGGUUGCACCUCCACGCCACGUCACGCCACAGCGCUGCCAGUGCAAGCGUGUCCCAAGCACCUGACCAGAAAGACGUAUCCAGGUCAAUAAAAUCUUCUCAACCUAAAGACUCUGAACGAUCCAGUCGCGAUCGGGACCACGGCAGCAAGGAGAGGGAAAGAACUCAUGUUAAGUCUGAGGACAACAAAACUUCCAGUGACAGCAAUCACGCCAAACAUGGCGACACUUCAAAUAAGCAUGAUUCAAAACCUAAUGCUAAUGCAAACACGUCGGACUCAUCUAAGAAAGAAACUUCUAGCAGUUCAGAGAAGACAAGUUCUGGACACAGCAGUGCAAAAACUGAAGGGGACAGUGCAGUGAAGUUAGCAGCUACAGAGAAAAAGUGCACAAUACCCAUGUCUGUUCUGGACAAAAAGAAAGCUCAUGCAAGGAGUCCAGACUUGCACUCAAAAGAGCCCCCCAAACCCACCCCAACAGACACUAGUAAGUUGGGUCAGCCUGACCGUGGCAGUAGUGGGGAGGUGGGUGUUGCAGGGACAGGCAAUAGUGCUACUACUACUGCAGCACCAGUGCACACUGUUGCACCAACACACAAGUCUCAGCCAUCACAACAUGGCAAUGGCAAGUCAGUGACAACAGUGACGACCACAUCCAGCAGUUCACAGCCCAGGAUGACAUAUUACUCACAUUCCAUCCAAGCUCAGCCUGAGAAGGAGACGCGCAAGAGCCUGGUGUGUGCUCAGACUUACAUUCCUCCCCUGGAGAAUGGAGAGCAGCCAAACACAUUCUUAGCUCGGAAAUUGAAGUCCUCUGCCCACCAGGACAAGUCACGAAGCAAUAGCCCUGUGAGCAAAACCUCAGAGGCAGGAGGUUCAGACAAGUCAGGGAGUGGGACUGACUCUUCAAAUUCCAGAACAGAAGUGCCUGCACCUCCAGUUGGAGAUGCAAGGGGUCCUUCAGAACUGAAUGGUCAUGCUGCUAGCAGGGGAGCAGAUGGUCGUGCUGCUCCUAACAGUGAGAGAACUAAGGCUUCUAGUGAGCCAAGCAGCAGGAGGCACAGUCCGAAUUCUGAAAGAAAGUCCGACGAAAGCUCUAAAUCUUCAUCUAGUAGUGAACAAAGUGCUGGUAGGACAUCAGGAAAUCAAGAUAGGAGAGACAAGGACUCUGCUCAAGGUGCGACUGGAUCCCAGAAGGAUAUUAUCAGGAUCCACGACUACCCAUACAGGGACAUCAUUCAUGAGUACGGACAGCCAAGAUCGGCAGUCACCUUGCACGAUUCCCCUGCAACGGUUUACUCACAUUCAGAGGCACCUGAGAUGCGUCACUUGAGCCAGAUGAGCGGACUUCAUCCUGAGGGUGCCAGGAUGCACCCGGAGUGGCGCAUGCCAGGAUCCUGUGCAAGUGCUGCCUCGCACAUGGCAGCUCUAGCUGCACAACACGGCUACUUAACUCCCGAUCAUCCCAAGUUCCUAGAAUUCUACCCCAACAAAGACAGAAGCUUUCUAGAAAGGAGUUGGCCUCCCACCCCUUUCUCCCAAGAAGCAAACCAUGACAGACACCGUUCCAGCGAACCUGGGAAACCGGACACAAAACCAUCUUCAGGGUCCUCAUCUCAGCCAGCCACUCGUGAACAUUCUCCCAGAGAAUCCACACAAGAAAAGGCUAGACACCAGGACAGGCCAAGUCCCCAGCAUCUAGAUGUUGCCAAGGCUGGCAAGGCCUCAAAGUCUACCACUCCUUCCCCUGUACCCACCUCAAAGGGUGAAUCUGGGGGUGAAAAUACACCCAGAGUGGACAACAGGAAAUCAGAGAAGCAGCAAAUGUCGGACAAGUCUGAGAAGGUGCCUGCUGCAGGAGAGAGCAGCCCUUACUCUGCAUCAGUGGCGGGGAAGGGGACGGAGGGCAGGAGGCCCCCUGUCGGGAUAGCCGUGGCACAACAGAGAGCGGGAACGGAAGGAGCCGCGUCUGAAGCUGGCGCACCUGCAGGGACAGGGCAGUCUGCCAGCAACUCUGCAGCCCCUACUGACAGAGGCACACGGGCCAGCAGACCGGAAAACGCAGACAGUAGCUCUGAUGAGUCAGAGAUUCCGCACCGCGCCCAGGGCGACAGAUGUCAGAGUGCGCCGUCUGCCAACCACGACAAGGACCGGGAACAGUUCCUGCGGGAGCAGAGGGAGCUGGCAGCGGAGAUGGCAGUCCGUGCCAAGCCUCCGGGGUCGCGAGAGGUCAUGAAUGAUCUGAGUGGGAACCUGGUAGUGACAGGAGGAGCUAGCGUCCCAAGCAACAGCCCAUGGGCCAGCAGCUUGGCGUCCCAUCCCCACGUCCCGCCCCACAUGGUGACCCGCGGGAGCCCGGCCCCUGCCGUGUGGUUCGGCCACUACCCAGCCUACCCUGGGCUGCCCUCCCACCCCCCACCGCCAGGAGUCGGCCUGGAGCCGGGAGCGCUUCCUCUGGCACCUCACGGCGGCUGGCAGCUGGCGCGGGACCCGGUCACCGGCGGGCUGGUACUGGUGCCGCCAGGAACCCCACUGGCUAACCCAGGUGGGCAUCAGAGAAGGGAAAUGCUGGAGCGUCAGCAGCAGCUGGUGUGGUCGUCAGGCUCGGCGCCGGGCCCUCCCAGCCACCUGCAGCACGCGCACCACCUGCAGCUCAUGUCCCAGCAGCACCAGCAGCAUCAGCAGCACAUGGAGCUGCUGCGGCAACAGGAGCUGCGCCACGCUGAGCAGUACCAGAUCGCUCUGCACCAGCACCAUGCACAGCAGGAGGAGCAGAAACGCUGGGAGGCAGAAGAAAAGAGAAAACAGGACCAGGAGAAGCAGCAGCAGCAGCAAGCUGAGAAGUGUGGGACACCUCGCACAUGGGCACAUGAAGACCCGGCCCUGGAGAAAGCUGGGAGGGCAGCUAUGGAGGCAUAUCUUCAGGCAGGGAUUCCUGUUGCUGGCCAGCCCCCGGGAUAUGGACCCUUCCCGUACCCACAUCCUCCGUACCAGUACAUCUAUGACCAGCCAGCUCUGAUGAGGCUGGUUUCGUCGUCAGCUGGAUCAAACACGGUAACCACGACAGAGUCGUCCCGAGACAAGGAGCGACCUGCCGUCACCACCACCACCUCUGUUCACACCUCCGUGUCACCCAGUGUCUCAGUAUCCUCACAGAGUGGAAAGUCAAGGGAGGAGGUAGUAGAAGUCAAGAAGUCUUCAGAACCAAGCAAAGAGGAACCCUCCUCAGCUGCAAAAUCUGCAAAGGACACAGAAAAGUCAGUAGCUAAACAGGCAAUAGAAACAAGCACCCAAACAACACCAGAGCCAGAGAGAAUGCAGCCUAUCGACCAACCUCCUGCCAGCUCUAAAGCCCCACCGACAAACUUUCAACCAAUCAAGACUGAGAGUAUGACACUUCACCAUGCGACAGAGGCAGAGUCUACCAAAGCCAUUGUACCAUCUUCCAAUGAGGAAAGACCCCGUAGCCCAGCACAGGCCACAGUCUGUUCCCAGACUCAAGUCACCAGUGUUGAGCAGUCUACAGAAUCAGUAACCACUAGUGUUGCUGCUGCAAUUGUUGAGAAACCAGUUGUGAAAACAGAAGUGCCCCCUGCUCCUCAACAACAGACUCAGCUAAGAGAAAUGAGUGUACAGGCAGAAACAAUGGUGACCAGUAUAACUGUCACCACAACAGCAGUGACCAUGUCUAAGUCCAUGGUGACAUCAUCACUACAGAAUGUGGACGCAGAGCUGCUACAGGCUACAGAAGGGAUGGCCCUGCUUAGUCGACUUGCAGAGGAGAAGUCAAGAUCAGAAAGUGGUGUUGCAGCUGUGCAGGUGAAAGUAGAACGUCAGUCCGUCAGCAUGUCCUCAGUCUGCACCAGCAUGGCCGCCGCAGCUGCUGCCAUGACAACGGACAUGUCCCACCACGAAGACACCGGCCCUAAAGACUCCCUGGUCCACUCCUGGGGCCGCUGGAAGUGGCGCUCCAACCUCAAGCUGCCUCAGAAGGAGGAACAAGGGUCGGGGUCUGCCUUAAAGCUGCAGUCAGGGCCUGAGGGGAUGGACCUGGUGGAGCUGGACAUGAGGAUGAAGCUGGCAGAGCUGCAGCGCAGGUACAAGGAGAAGCAGCGUGAGCUGGCCAGGCUGCAGAGGAAAAGAGAGAAGAAAAGGAAGAAGGAGAAUGGUCCAGUGAAAAGAGGUCCGGGCAGACCAAGAAAGCGUCGCUUCCACCAAAACUCACCCAAGUCCUCACUAAAGUCUGGGGAGGGGCCAAGCAAAGUGGAAAGGAGAAGUAAGAGCCCAAAGGGGGCCCUGCACCUGCUAGUAGAGGAGAUGGAGAGUGAGGAACCACCCAAGAAGAAGAAGAAGGUAACCAAGGACCCCACCCAGCAACCUGCCCUAAACACCAGUAAGCCAAAGGGCAAGAAGGGGAAAGGCAAGGAGACUGCUAAUACCGAUGAACAGGAAGUUAAACUUGAGGCUCCGAAGUCAAAAAAGUCCAAGAAAUCAGAUAAUCAACCAACCAAGAAGGGUGCCAAGGCCUCUGCUGUUUCGUCAGGCACUAAUAAAAAGUCCACGAAGGAUGACUCUACGACCUCCAAACACAAGCCGAAGGCAUCCACCAGCAGUGACACCACGAGCGAGGAGUCUGGAGGGAAGAGUAAGGCAAAGUCAGGAUCCAACAGCAACAAGAAUACUGGUGCAGAGGAGAAGACUCAGACACAGAAAGGAAAGGGCAAGAAGAAAGACAAGGACUCCCAGACUUCAGGUACUUCAACAACCAAAGGCACAGGCCAGGGAAAUAAGAAAUCCAAGGAUAAGACGACAACCUCAAACGCACCGUCUCGGAAGAGGUCUUUUUCUCUCACCCAGUCUCUACCCCAGUCUGAUGAUUCGGAUGAUGAUCUUGUCAACGAGGAUGUGUUUUGGAGCUCUCUAUCCCACCCAAAGCCCCCCUCAUCCAAAACGUCACCCAAAACAACCAAGAAAUCCAAGGACAGCUCCAAGCCUAAGAAGAAACAGAAGACAGAGGACAGCAAAGUGAAAGUGCCCAAGGUUAAGAAGACUGUAGCGCCAAAGGCCAAGCCCAAGAAAGUGGAAGAAGGAAGUGACAGUGACUCUGAUGACGACGAUUUCUCGCGUCGCUCACAUACCGAAGAUGACUGGAGUGAUGCUGAUCUAGAUUUAGACGCCAUGACGUACAGUGAAACUUCCGGGCUUGGUCUUCUUGCCAAGUACGCUGCCUCCAGUGCUGCCAGCAUGCCCAUCGCACCUACUCCCAGCAAGAAAAGGAAGAAACCUUCCAACAAUGAUGAUGCAGAUGAUGAAGCCCCAGCAACAGAGGUUAAAGGAUCCAAGAAAAGGAAGCCCAAUCAGCCCAGCAAGAAGACUCCUACCUCCACAUCAGACACCCCACUGCCUAAGAAGCCCAAGAAGUCCAAGAACACCAGCGCCGAGGGAAAGGUUUCUCGGCCCAAGAAGAAGAAAGUCAAGGAGCCAGAGCCAGCGGAAGAAGAGGUCCCUCUACUUGAUGACGAUGCUUGGGCGCGGCGAAGAACAGCUAAGGCAGCCACCCCUUCCAGCAAGGCAAGCCCUGCUCCAAGUGGCAAAACAGCAUCCACUCCUUCAGGCAAGGUGAAGAAAACCAAGACAGAGAAAAGUGAAGAAACAUCCACGAAGCCUUCCUCGAGUAAAAAGACGAAAGACAGUACCAAGGAAACCCCCACAGAGCCUCUUGUACACACUGGAGACACACCUGUCAGUAAACCCAAGAAGAAGACCAGCAAGGCAAGCAAAGCUGCCAAAGAAGAUGCUUCUCAGACUAAGAAGACCAGCAAGCCAAAGGCACCAAAGAAGACACCCAGCACCUCAACACCAGCAGAGGUACCCCCAUCAACAGCGCCUCCCAAAGCACCCAAAGUCAAAGCCACCACCCCUGUCCCAACCCCACCGCCCCCGCCUGUAGCCCCACCCCCUGCUCUACCCACGCCAACACCCUUGGAGCAAGACUCUGUCUCAAACGAGUCCUACAGCGAUGGGGAAAACGUACCUCUCAGUAGCUACGUGGACCAACAGAGACCAUGCACACCAGAGCCCCGACUAGUUAACAUCCUGAAGGAGGAGCUGCGUGAUGGCCUGCGGGUCAUCAUCCCCAUUGACGGGCUGUUCCACACUGGUUAUGUUGACGAGAUACAACCUCCUGAUGUGUAUGGUGUUGUGAUCGAUGGGCAGCGAGGUCAUCGACCCCAGGUGUACUCCCAGGAGCAGAUUCUGCAGGAGGCUCUCCACGAUGUGAAGCCAGGCUCGGUGAGAUUCCUGCCUGAGGGAACGCGUGUGUCUGCCUACUGGAGCCAACAGUACCGCUGCCUCUACCCCGGCACGGUCGCUAGGAUGAGCCCUUCGCCUGAUGGCGGCGAGGACGACAAGACCUUCGUCAGUGUGGAGUUCGACGACGGAGACUCCGGGCGCAUCCCGAUGGACCACGUUCGGCUCCUUCCUCCUAACUACCCCGUUGUUGGUAAGGAGCGCGGUGACUUUAGCAUGAACCCCAUCAUGCUCCACGGGAAGAGGCGGCGGAGGUCGGGAGACGUUUCUAAGGACGGCUUGUCGGACACGAAGGGAGACACGUCAGACACAGACUCCAGCACCGUGCUCAUGGACCAGAAGGAGAUGGACAACAUCGUGUCUCUGCCCGAGAAACCGAAAACACCAGCCAAGAAAUCCUCCACUGCGCAGUCUCGAGCCAAAAAAGGUAAAGUAAAGGCAGAACCUGUGCUGCCUCUUUUGCUGGAUUAUGACUCCUACACUGGUGACCUGGGGGUCAUUUCUGAGGAGGAGGAAGACGAUGGACGCUCUUCAUCCAGAAAAAGCAGCCCAAAAAACAGCCCGAAGGCAUCUCCUGCUCGAAGCAGCUCUGCCGGCAGCACCUCGAAGAAGAGCAAGAAGUCCAACUCAGGAGAAAAGACCAGCAAAGCCAAGUCCAAGGACAGCAAGAAGGAGCCAAAGGUGAAGCUGGACAGUGAUGAAAAACCGUCUCCCAUUCCUAAAUCCAAGGCAAACUCAAAACCAAGCACUGCUUCAGAGGACCAGAAGCCAACCAAAUCCAGUAAGAAGAAAAAGGAGGCUUCCAGCGAUGCAUCUGACGAGUCUGCCCCCACCAAGGCAGAAAAGAAAAAGGCUGCAGGAGACACCACCACUACGAAAAAGACAAAGAAGGCCAAGAAGGCAGAAGCCGAAGCAGCCACGUCUGACACUCUGCCAGCCAAGAAAACAACCAAGAAGGAUGCAGCAAAACAAGCCAAGAAGGACACAUCAGCUCAAGAAGCCCAGAAGUCCCAGAAAGGAAAAGCAUCGGAUGGCACAACAAAGGCGAAAGCCGCAUCAGCCAAGGUUGCCCCUCCAGACUUUGAGGAAGAGUCCAAUAUGGAUGAUUCUGAGGCUCAGAGUUUUGCCGACUCCAACAGUAUUGCUCCGAGCAACGUGACGUCAGAUGUUGAGGAUGAUGACGACAUCUCCGAGGACACCCGCAGUGAGAGGUCAGAGGACAUCAAGAAGCCUACUAAGAAACCCCCAGCACGCGGUAGCAAGACUAGACGCCGCUCUGCUGACAAGACUCCUUCUGUUGAAAGCAGAAGCAAGAUAGCACCUUUCCUGCCAGCUCGCCAGCUCUGGCGCUGGUCUGGCAAGAGCACGCAACGCAGAGGAGUCAAGGGAAAGGGCAAGAAAGUCUUCUACAAGGCCAUACAGCGGGGCCAUGAAAUCAUAAGGGUUGGUGACUCCGCUGUGUUCAUGUCGACGGGGAGACCGAACCUUCCGUAUGUGGGGCGGAUCGAGAACUUGUGGGAGUCGUGGGGGGGCAACAUGGUCGUCAAGGUCAAGUGGUUCUAUCAUCCGGAGGAGACCAUCGUGGGCAGGAGGGCGGUUGAUGGCAAGAUGGCGCUGUACCAGUCCUCACACGUAGACGAGAACGACGUGCAGACCAUCAGCCAUCGCUGCGAGGUCGUCUCCCCAGAUGAGUACGAACGUAAGGCCAAGAGCAAACGCAACCAGGAUGACCUAGAUGACCUCUACUACUGCGCGGGAACGUACGAUCCAACCAACGGGGCUUUGCAGAACGUGUCGGGGCCUCUUUGAGUGUCUGUUGCAGCUUAACUCAGUUGUUCUGUGUGCACUUUGUUAAGGAAAAAUACAGGGCAUAAAAGAUGGUUUCAGAGCAUUUUAUCUGCCCUUUGCUGGUAUAUUGAAAUGCAUGAAAUCUGGAUAUCACAUACAUGAUCUGACUUGAAUACUGGGGUAAGAAUGUAGUUUGCACAAGCUGUGGGUCCAAGUAUGUUUUGUUCAGUAGGCAAAACUGCAUUAUCGAACAACCACAAUGUACUCACACCCAUUGUGGUCUUUUUUUACACAACAAUUGAGUUAUCUAGUACAGUCUGUUAUGUUGAUAGGACUCCUUUCAUUUUCUCACCAAAAUUUGUGCAUUUGUGUAUUUUUUUCACCAUCAUGCCAGCUUGUUUUGUCUUGCUGACAAUAACAAUAUCACCCUUAUCCAUAGUCUUGGGAGGGCACCUCUUUUAUGGAGUCUUAUAUUUAGAUAAGCAUCACUUCAGAGAAAAAUGUACAUACAGAGAUUUGUUGGUAGCUCUCUCCACAAGGUUGGUAGCUAUCGAUGCCCAGAAGUUGUAAAUUUUCUAUGAUUUUGUUCACAAAGUUUGUAGAUAACAGUGUAUGAUAUGGCAUUUAGUUUUGUGUACAGGAAGGCUAGAAUGGUAGUGCACGAUAAAAUGUGUGCCUGUUUUCUCAAAGGUCAUUUCAAAGGCAUAGUUGACAUGAAUUCUACAUUUGUUGCUCAAGAUCUCUUAAAAUUUGUUGAAGAGACAUAAAGGACAAUGAUAAUGCAAUGUUAGUACAUGUAGUUAUGCUGACAAGAAAUUUGCAAUAUUUUUAGACAUUUGUGGCUGUUAAGAAGUCAGUACAUAGCUAUGACAGUAGUAUUGUCUGUACAGUGGAAUAUAGCUAUUUUGUACAUGUUUGACAAUGGUAUGGUCAUGACUGAAAAGGCAAUUAUUGUACAGCAGUGGGACAUGCUGCAGUAUCUACUAAAGGAGUGCCUGGAAUGCCAGUUAGUGUACAGUUUUGUGACUGGCAGACAAGAAUGUAGAUUAGGGCAGCAUAUCCUGAUGACAAGAUUAAUUGUGUAUCACUUGUAGGAAUAGAUAUGUCAUCACUGUCUCGUUACCAUGUUGGACAAGACUGUAAGAUGUGAUGAUGUUUGUUUGAUUAUCUAGAUAUCUUAUAUUAAGCACACUUGCUGUUAGGUUCCAACAUGUGAAGGGGUAGUCUCGUCUCAUCUUUGCGUUGUAACGUUACACGUACAGUGACCAUCUUGCUGCUGUGGGUUCAUUCCUAUCCCAAUGUUUUGGUCAGAGUAGAAGGUAGCUACAGGGGGUUAAACAAAGCAAGUUUGUACUUUGCAGCUUUACUCAUCCCAUGUUGCAACCUAUCCCUUGAUGUUGCAAGGACUCGUCAGUUAUGUACUUUAGGCCCCCAUAAUCUUAGAUGGGUUAUACCUACAUAGUGUAUGACUACUAGCAUCUUGACCAUUCUAUUAUUGAUGAUAGGGGUGUGUGGAUUAGAAUUAAUGUUCUUCAGAGCACACUUAGCUUCUGAUGGUUCACCAAUGUUGAUGAACACGUAAGGGAUUCUAAAACGUAAAGAGCCAUUUUGACUAAUCAGAUUCUUGGCUCAUUAGUGCAAUAGUCACUCAUAGUUCACUUAUCUAGGAAGGUAGAAGACUUGGAAGAAAGAACUCUAUUUUUAUUGUGCCACAAAGUCUCCUAUAUUUUUGUACCCAGAAGGACAGGAGACCCACUACAGUCGUUUUCACACGGAAGGAGCGUUUGAUACAUUUAUGAAGAAAAAAAACUGUCCGCUUUCAUAAAGAGAUGUAUUUCUGUGUAAAUAGAGAGAUGUCUUUAAAACAGGCUUGUUGUAUGUGCAAUAUUACAGAACAGAAAAGCCUAGAAACUAUCCUAGAUUAAUUGUUCAUGUGCAUUCACUUGAGUUAGGUAAUAGUGAAGUAAAACUUGUUGAGCAAAGCUCGUUUUUUGUAAGUAGAUUAAGUAGGGAAGAUGCGUCGCUGUUCCCCAGUGCUGGCCAACUUGGGAACAGCAGUACUGUCACUGUCCCUACUUACGAUUAGGGUUACGCUGUUCCAGUUGGGACAUUUAGUUAUUUGUAGAUUCAGGUACCGUUCUGUUACAUUCCUUGUUGAUUGUCUUGUCAGACUAAAUGUUGUGUUACCCGUUAUGUUCUGAUAUUGUGGCAUAUAGUGCACUUUGUUAUGUUUUGUACAUAAUAUCGAGAACCUUGAUUGAAUAAAGAUGCAAAGAAGAUUCA